AUUAGGAAAUGAGCCCCCCAAAGCGUUGACCUUACUCCCCUACCCCUUCAGCCUGCCCUGCAUAAAAUAACCAAGUUGAUAAACACAUCUCCACUGAGGAGAAAAAAAAUAGACACAUCUCCAGCACCAAGACAUGGAGAAUUCCUGGGUAGUUUUAGCCUUAACAGGCCUUCUUACAUUAGUUUUUCUCUCAAAGUUUCUUCAUAGUCCUCGUCGUAAACAAAAUCUUCCACCAGGUCCAAAACCAUGGCCUAUUGUUGGCAAUAUACAUCUUCUUGGUUCCACCCCUCACAGAUCCCUUCACGAACUUGCAAAAAGAUACGGAGAUUUAAUGCUACUAAAGUUCGGUUCGCGCAAUGUCCUUAUUUUAUCCUCCCCAGAUAUGGCUAGAGAAUUCUUGAAAACAAAUGAUGCCAUUUGGGCUUCUCGCCCUGAGCUUGCCGCUGGUAAAUAUACUGCUUAUAAUUAUUGCGACAUGACAUGGGCACGUUAUGGACCCUUUUGGAGACAAGCAAGGAGGAUCUAUCUCAACGAGAUUUUCAAUCCUAAACGUUUGGAUUCAUUUGAGUACAUUCGCAUAGAGGAAAGGCAUAAUUUGAUUUCACGUCUUUUUGCUCUCUCUGGGAAGCCAAUUCUUCUUAGAGACCAUUUAACUCGGUACACUCUUACAAGUAUAAGUAGAACAGUAUUGAGUGGAAAAUAUUUUAGCGAGUCACCUGGCCAAAAUUCAAUGAUAACUUUGAAACAAUUGCAGGAUAUGCUUGAUAAGUGGUUUUUGCUUAAUGGUGUGAUCAAUAUUGGGGACUGGAUACCUUGGCUUGCUUUCUUGGAUUUGCAGGGUUAUGUCAAGCAAAUGAAGGAGUUGCAUAGGAACUUCGACAAAUUUCAUAACUUUGUGCUAGAUGAUCACAAGGCUAAUAGGGGAGAGAAGAACUUUGUGCCAAGAGACAUGGUCGAUGUUUUGCUGCAGCAAGCUGAGGAUCCUAAUCUUGAGGUCAAACUCACCAAUGAUUGUGUCAAGGGUCUAAUGCAG